AUGACAAGAACGGAUGAGAAGUUAGAGGCUCAAGCCAAGCAAUUGAAAAUGCUUGAGAUACAAGUGGGACAAAUUGCCGAGUCUAUAAACAAUCAACACCAACAAGGGCAAUUCCCAAGCAACACAAUCGUGAAUCCCAAGGAGCAUUGCAAAGCCAUUGCUCUAAGGAGUGGGACAACAUAUGAAGAGCCCAAGAUGCCCGACGAAGAAGAUAGAAGUGGUGUUGUGGUUGAAGUUGGAGAUGGCAACCCUUCAAAGGAACAAGGAGAUAGAGGAAAGAAGAAGGAGGUGCACAUCAACAUUCCACUUAUUGAAGCUUUGAAACAAAUGCCCUCCUAUGCAAAGUUCCUAAAGGAGGUCAUAUCAAACAAGAGGAAGAUGGGAGAGAAUGAGACGGUCAAUCUAACCGAAGAAUGUAGUGCCGUUCUCCAAAGAAAAAUCCCCACCAAGAUCAAGGACCCCGGGAGCUUCACAAUCCCUUGUGAUAUUGGGAAUGAUCGUUUUGGGAAAGCUUUGUGUGAUUUGGGAGCAAGUAUAAAUUUGAUGCCGCUCUCAAUCUUCAACAAGCUAGAGAUUGGCACCAUCAAGCCAACCACAAUUGCCCUUCAAAUGGCGGAUCGUUCCGUUUCUUAUCCAAAGGGGAUAGUAGAAGAUGUCCUCGUGAAAGUCAACAAUUUCAUCUUCCCGGUGGACUUUGUUGUUUUGGACAUGGUGGAAGACAAAGAUGUACCUUUAAUUCUUGGGCGCCCCUUCUUGGCAACGGGGAGAGCCCUCAUUGAUGUUGCUAAGGGCGAACUCACCCUUAGAGUGAAUGAAGAGAGCUUCACAUUUUCAAUCCACAAGGCUCUCAAGUACAAGGAGGAAGAAGAAGAGAGGGUCGGUGAAUGCAAGAUGAUGCAAGUGAUAGAGUCUUGCAUCAACAUGGAGGAGUACCACAUCUACAACAAUCCAAUGGACACUUGCCUCCUAAACCCUCUAUUCUCUUUUGUUGAUAAUGAUGAGUUUAAUGCUUCUAACUUAUUUAUUGAGGCUAAUGAAAUGAACUUUGUGCAGAAAAUUUCACAAGGAGAGGCAUGUUUCUUGGACUUGAGAAAUGGAGAGUCGAAAGAUGAAGGAGUGGAGAAGAAGACUCCCAGCUUGGAGUUAAAACCUCUCCCCGAACACUUGAAAUACGCCUUCCUUGGUGAGGAUGAGGCGUAUCCGGUAAUUGUAUCAUCCUACCUUUCUCCUCAUGAGCUUGAUCAAUUGCUAAAUGUUUUGAGGAAGUAUAGGUCCGCUAUAGGAUGGUCAAUUUCCGAUUUAAAAGGGAUUAGCCCAUCCAUUUGCAUGCAUAGAAUUUUGAUGGAAGAUGAUUUUAAACCUAGGAGGCAAGGCCAAAGACGGUUAAACCCUAUUAUGCAAGAAGUAGUAAGAAAAGAAGUUCUCAAAUUGCUUGAUGCGGGAAUUAUUUUUGCUAUUUCGGAUAGUGAGUGGGUUAGUCCCACUCAAGUUGUUGCUAAAAAGGGGGGGAUAACCGUUAUAAAAGAUGAGCAUAAUGAGCUAAUUGCAACUAGGUGUGAGGAAACUAACCUUGUAUUGAAUUGGGAAAAAUGUCAUUUUAUGGUUAGGGAUGGAAUUGUGCUUGGACACAAGGUCUCCAAAGCCGGAUUGGAGGUGGAUCGAGCAAAGAUAGUGGCCAUUGAGAAGCUUCCACCACCAUCCAAUGAGAAAGCCGUGAGAAGCUUCCUUGGACAUGCCGGGUUUUAUCGAAGAUUCAUCCAAAAUUUCUCAAAGAUCACCAAACCCUUAUGUCACCUUCUUGAAAAAGAUGCAAAGUUCAACUUUGAUGAAGAUUGUUUGGUGGCCUUUGAGAAACUCAAAAAGGCUUUAGUGAGUGCUCCCAUCUUGAUCACACCGGAUUGGUCACAACCGUUUGAGCUCAUGUGUGACGCAAGCGACAUCGCCGUCGGGGCCGUGUUGGGGCAAAAGAAAGACAAGCUAUUUAGAGUCAUCUACUACGCUAGUAGGACUCUAGAUAAGGCUCAAUCAAACUACACCGUCACUGAAAAGGAACUUUUGGCGGUUGUGUAUGCCUUCGACAAAUUCCGCUCCUACCUCAUUGGCACAAAAUCUAUUGUUCACACCGACCAUGCGGCCAUCCGUUAUUUAUUUGAGAAGAAAGAUGCCAAGCCGAGGUUGAUAAGGUGGAUCCUCCUCCUUCAAGAGUUUAAUAUUGAAAUCCGAGAUAGGAGAGGAUGUGAAAAUGUUGUGGCGGAUCACCUUUCAAGACUUGAGAAUCCCGUGGAAGGGGAAAAUGCCGAUGUGCCCAUCAAUGAGAAUUUUCCCGAUGAGCAAAUCUUGCAAGUCAAGACCCACACCCCAUGGUAUGCGGACUACGUCAACUAUCUUGCAUCCGGCAUUCAUCCACCACCCGAGUUGAAUCGUUACCAAAGAAAAAAAUUCUUUCAUGAUGUGAAAUUCUUCUUAUGGGAUGAGCCGUUCUUGUAUCGACGAUGUGCCGACACCAUCAUCCGGCAGUGUGUACCCGAAGAGGAAUGGGGAGCUAUUAUGAGGGAGUGUCAUUCUUCUCCUAGUGGAGGGCACUUUGGCACCAACCGAACCGCUUUUAAGGUGCUUCAAAGUGGCUUCUAUUGGCCAACUAUUUUCAAGGAUUGCCACUCAUUUAUUUUGAGUUGUGAUCAAUGCCAAAGAAUGGGAGGAAUAUCAAAGAAGCACGAGAUGCCCCUUAACAAUGUGAUUGAAGUUGAGCUCUUUGACGUAUGGGGAUCCCACUUUUGCAACAAGUGGAUGGAAGGACUUCUCAAAAAGUACGGGGUGAAGCAUAGAGUGACAACGGCUUAUCAUCCCCAAGCCAAUGGUCAAACCGAGUUGGCAAACCGGGAGAUUAAACAAGUGCUUGAGAAGACGGUGAAUGGGAGCCGGAAGGAUUGGUCUCUCUUGCUUGAUGACGCACUUUGGGCAUAUCGAACGGCGUACAAGACACCGCUUGGCAUGUCACCAUACCAACUUGUAUACGGGAAGUCAUGUCAUCUCCCCGUAGAGUUAGAGCACAGGGCAUAUUGGGCGGUCAAGAAGCUCAAUUUUGAUUUCAAGAAGGCUGGCCAAGCUAGAGUCUUUCAACUCAAUGAGUUGGAUGAAUUUCGAAGUGAGGCAUUUGCAAGCUCAAGCCUCUACAAAGAGAGGACCAAGAAGUUUCAUGAUAGGAUGAUCCACAAACGGGAAUUUGCACCCGGGGAUGAGGUCCUUCUCUUCAAUUCCCGCCUUUCACUCUUUCCGGGAAAGCUCAAGUCCAAAUGGUCGGGCCCAUUCCUCAUCAACAAGGUCUCCCCCAAUGGAGCUAUUGAAUUGAAGGGCAACGAUGGACGCACUUUUGUGGUGAAUGGCCAACGCAUUAAGGCAUACUUUCGAGCCGAGCCACGAGAGAAAGUGUCCGUCAUCAUUCUCGCCGAACCAAAGACAUGACACCAUCAUGAAGACGUCGAGCUCACGACGUUAAACUAAGCGCUAGUUGGGAGGCACCCCAACAAGGUAUCUUUAAUUUUUGCAAGUUCAAUAAACACACAUAUACAUAGGUAUUAUAUAUUCAUCUAUGUAUAUAUUUUUUAUA